AUUGGUAAAAUCUAUCUUUGAAAACACGUGCAAAAUGGCGGUGGGGAAGAAAAACGUGCGUGUAAAAGGUGCAAAUAGCAAAGGUAAAAAAUGGAAAAAGGGACAAAGCUGCUCUUCAAAUCCAACAAAGAAAAAUUUUAGAGAAUCUGCAAAAAACAGAUUUUUUCAGCCUCAGACUGGUAAAAGUCAGCUAACUCAAGAUGCUCUGAAGCAACAUGAAAGUGAAAUGCACGAAAGUGCAAUCGAUAGUGACGAUGCAAUGUCGCAAUCAGCUAUGUCAGCUGGGAAGUUCACUGAAAAAACGUUUUCAACAUGGGCUAGCAAUUGGACAUCCUGUACAAAUACAACUUUUAGCCGGAUUCAUCGUUAUUGGUCUUCAAAUUCUGAUCUACACAAAGAGAUAUUAGCUGUAAUAGCUGCAGUGACUGAGGUUAUUAAAGAGAAGGAAGGUGAAGAAAAUGAAACGGAAUACUUUGCAGCUUUGAUGACUACUCUGGAAGUCAGUGAAACCGUGAUAUCUAAGGCAGCAACAUCCUAUCUUCUAAGCUUAGUCAUCAAGAAAGUGUCCAAAUCGGUUCUUCAAUCUCGAUUUUCUGACAUUGCAAGAGUUUUCAUUGAUACGCUGAUGGAGAACAAUGAAACAGAUAUGCCAACUUUAUUGCGAUCUAUUUUGUUAUGCUUAGCUCAAUUAUUACGAGUUCAAAGUGCUGCAAGGUGGAGCGAUCCAGCAACUGUGCACGUGUAUCAGACUUUAUUAGUAUUUUCAACACACGCAAAGCCCAAAGUUCGUAAAGCUGCCCAAGAAGCAAUUAGAGUAGUUUUAAAAGGCAGUUUCUUCAUGCAAGAAGAUACUACUAUUAAACAUCAUCCAGCCUCUGUUCAAACUGCAAAGUUCUGUUUUGAAAAGAUAGAACAGUCCGGAGGUUCGGGGAACGAUUCGUCAACGACACUUUAUAUUCUAGGUUUAUUAAAAUAUAUUAUGUCUACCCUUCCGAAAAACUAUUUGAAAAUUUUGUGUGAAACUCUCCUUAAACUGUUAACUUUGAGUAGUGUGGUUGUAUUCUUCGUUGCAAUGCAAACAUUACAUGCAAUGUUUAAUAGCGCACCAUCAACUGAUUCUUUGCCCGUUGAAUUAAAUGGUCAAUUGUUAACGGCUUUAUACGAUUAUCUUCCCUCUGAAAAUGAUCCCCCAGCCGUUGGCGCGUGGCUCUCGGUAAUGGAAAAGGGAGUACAAAAUCUUAUAAACAAUAAUGUUGAAAUGGGUUCUCAACACGCCAUUAAGCUGUUUAGUACAUGCAUGAAGUUUUUACAAGCAGAGAGACCUACUGUUCAGAACUCAGCCUUUAAGAACGCCAAUAAAUUGUUGAAAAAUACAUUGAGUCCGGUUAAGGAUGCACUUGUUAGUAGAAAAAAUACGAAAGAUAAUAUCAUUUUGAAAAUCUUUCAAGCCAUUGAAGGAGGACUUAGCUAUCAAUACCAUGCGUCUUGGGGGAAAGUUCUGCUUCUCAUGGCUUCACUAUUCGAGAUUUUCGGAAAACAUUGCAAGAACAACAUCUCUAAAUGUUUACAAACUCUUGCUGAUUUGAGAGAAAGUCACAAAUUUUCAUACAAAGGGGAAUUGGAAAAAGCAUUCGGUAUGGCAUUACGACAUAUUGGACCUCGAAGUGUCCUUAAGGCGGUACCAUUAUUAAUUGAUGGCCAAAAUGAUAAUUAUGAAUUUCCGAGGAGUUGGAUUUUGCCCUUAAUGAGAGAUUAUGUUCAAGAAACAGAAUUGAGUUAUUUUAUUACAGACUUUUUACCUUUAGCUGCACAAUUGAGAAAAAAAGCUGGUGAAUUUGCUGAAGAAAAUAGAAUGGUAGAAGCUAGAACAUAUGAUGCUCUUCAAGGUCAAAUAUGGUCCUUAUUACCCGCCUUCUGUACCAAGCCAAUUGAUUUAAAACAGUCAUUCGGCGGAAUUGCAAAAGUUCUUGGUAUUUCUCUAAACGAACGCCCUGAUCUAAGAUUAGAGGUUUUACAAUCUCUAAGAAAAUUAGUUACUUUCAGUAUGGAAAACGAGUCAAACAAGAGUGAAAUGCAAAAAUAUGCAAAAAAUUACAUUCCCAUUCUCUUCAAUUUGUAUUUGGCAGAGAAUAAAAAUGAUAACCAGGACAAAAAAAGACUAGCAGUUUUAGAAACAAUAAAAGUUUACUUUAAUGUGACAGAAAGUUCACUGGUAGACGUGUUUUUCAAUAAAUGCAUACAAAAGAUUGAAGAAGAGAAGGAUUCAAAUUCGAAAAAAUAUGCACUUCUUGAUUUGCAAUUGGCAAUGAUACCUUUCAUAAAACUAGAGAAUUUAUCAACAUUGUUAAAAUUGGCUUUAGGAAAUAUGAAAGAUGCCGAUCAUACAGUACAAAAAAAAUCCUAUAGAGUGCUUGAAGAAAUGUGUUCAAAAGAAUCCGAAGAUUGUAAGAAAUGUAUAAUGGAGAAUCUGCCACAAUUACAGAAGGACUUAUUGGAUAGCCUUAGUUCCAGCAGUCCGUCUUCGAAAGGACCUCGACUCAACUGCUUGACAUUUAUUGUGAAACACCUGGAAUCUGAAAAUACUGAUUUCAUGGAAACAGUCCUGCCUGAGGCUAUUUUAUGCACGAAAGAAGCUUCUUCGAAAGCUAGACAAGCUGCUUUCAAUUUGCUUUUAGAAAUGUGUAGAACUUUACAAAGAUGGCGUCCUGAUCAGUCUACAGAGGAAAAUAUUAAAAAUUAUCUAUAUAUGGUAUUAGCAGGUUUAGCGGGUUCUCCACAUAUGAUAUCAACAACGUCUUUGGCUGUAUCGAAGAUUGUGUAUUACUUUAAAAAAAAUAUAGAGAAAGAACUUCUGAGCGACUUAAUUGAAAUGGUUUGCGCUUUGCUAUCCCACAAAGGAAAAGAAGUUGUCGAUUCAGCUUUGACUCUAUUGAAAGUUUUAUUAGGACAGUUUGACAGGGAAUUUCUCUAUCCUGCAUUACCUGCUGUGAUUAAGAGUUUAAUUACUAUGAAAGAAGAGAACAAGCAUCACAUAAGAUCUAAAACAAAAGCAAUUUUUGUUAAAUUGGUGAAAAAAUUUGGAUUUGAAAUCAUUCGCAAGUCAGUUCCUGAGUCAAUGCACAAAUUGCUCAGAGGUAUUAAGAAGAAAGAGGAUAGGUCGCAACGCUUAAAAGAGAAAUCAAAGGAAGAAGAUUCCGAAAGUGAAAAUGAAUUUGAUGCAAAAGCUCAGCCCGAUAGCAUAGAGGAAUUGCUGCGAGAUACAGACUCUGAGGUCGAGGAAGAUGGAAACAAAGAGUCAAAUAAAAAGAAAAAGAAAGUGAAGAAAUCAAAAGAAACUAGAAAAGGCGCCUGGAUAAAAGAAGGAGAUGACGAUGAAAUUGUUGACUUUUUAGGUGGCUCAUUAGCCAAACAAGUUAUGGCUUCCAAGCCCCAAAGUGACAAACGAUCCAAAGAAAAAGAUAGUAAUAGAGGAUUUAAAACAACAAAGGAUGGAAAACUUAUUAUAGCCGAUGAAGAGGAUGAAAAGUCCGCCAAAAAGCCCAAAGCAGUGAAGGAAGAAGAAAUAGAUAAUUUAAGUGAACUUUUAGAUGCCAUGGGAGGGCAUAGAAAACGAAAACACAAAACUGCUGUCGAUAGUGAUGACGAGGUACCAAUGAAGUACCAAGCCGGUGGUAGUGGUAUUCAUAGACCUACCCCUCAUUCUAAUAAAACCGAUAGCGAAGAUUUUGGAGCCGGCCAAUACAAAUCCAAAAAAGCAGGAGGUGACGUAAAGAGAAAGGGUAAACCCGAUCCUUUCGCAUACGUGCCCUUACAAAUGUCGGCAUUGAAUAAGAGGAAAAAAGCGAAAUUGGCAGGAAAAUUUAAGAACAUCGUAAAAGGAGCACAGAAAGGUGCAGCUAAAGGCCAAAAAGCCAGAAGCAAACUAAAAAGGAAGUAG